AUGCUUGAUGGCAGUUUGCAAAACAGUCCGAGACAGUUCAACGUUCGAUGGGAAGCAUCAUGGAUAAGUCCCAAUUCUGUUUGGUUGUAUGAACUGGCGGAACAAGUAGGCUGGACAAUAGAAACGAAACCGCCCGAUAGUACCAAGGUCUCGACCUUCAGCUGGCUUCGAGUCUUUCAGUUGUUUCAAAACGCAUUCCAAACUGGGACAAUUGUAUUGCCAAGGUAUUCAGUCAAGGGAAACACACGCUUCCGACUGAUACAGGACGGUUCAGCUACUCAAGCAGUAACUAUUAUCUUGGAAGAAUCCAUUGAUCUAGUGGAAGAAGCUGACUCUUUGAGGCUACAAAAUAGAGUUGUGGCACAAGAGUUUGCAAGCUGGCUGGAUGUAUCAAGGAAGCCACCUAUUGCUGAUGAAGUAGAUUGGGCUUCUAAGGUUCGACAGCGCAUCCUGACAAAUGUUCCAGGAGCGGGAGCUCUAGAUGUAGAUCCUAAUGAGGAUGAACCGGGAGUGCUUUAUACCUUCCUCAUCCUUUGCAUCACAUGCACUGGCAUCUUGUAUCAGACAAUUUCGGGAGAAAUGAUGGGAAGUCAAGGACAAGUGUCUGCCCAGUGCACUGAAGCAGAGCAAUUGGUCAUGGGAUCAGGCUACUUGACAGAGUGCUUCAUAAAUGGAAAUGGGCCGUUCCUAUGA